AUGCCCCCUCACAAGAAGAAUGAUCUCCCAUACAUCCACCGCUAUAUUACAACCCACAGCGCAGACGGCGAAGCAGUGUUUGUCUCCCAUGCCCAAGUACCCGAUUAUAUGCCAUCUCAACCCGCCGGCGAAGAUGGCGAAAUCGCACUCCUAUAUGCUACGGAGAGUGUACCUACGUCGAUUGCCGAUGAAGCCGAUAUAGCGAUGUACGAUGAGUUUCUGCACCAGCCACCUGGUCUCACAACGGGCACUGGAACAGUCUUCCGGAUGGUCGAUAUCCGACCAGGAAAGGUAACUCCAAUGCAUCGGACGGUCAGUUUGGAUUACGGGGUAGUUGUGGAGGGCGAAGUUGACUUGAUAUUGGACUCCGGAUCUAGUCGGCUUCUGCGACGUGGAGAUGUUUGUAUACAACGAGGGACAGCACAUGCAUUUGGUAAUCGAAGUCAGACUGAGUGGUGUCGCAUGCUGUUUGUAUUUUUAACGAUGGAGAAAAUUACCAUCAAAGGUAAAGAGAUGGACACAGAAAUAUACGAUGAGCAGUAUGAUAAACCUGAAGAAAGAUAG